AUGGCUCCACAGGCACCUCUCCCAGCAAUCCUCAUCUCAGACUACACCCUCACCCCACCCAUAACAACCUCCUACCACCUCCACUCCGCCAGCGACACCUCGGACAAAGACAACACAAUCGACUUCGGCGCGACCUACAAGCUCAUAAAAUCGCUUCUCACGCACCCGCCCUGCGUGCACCGGCACGACCCAACCACAUGGCCAUGUCUCAGCUGCGAAACCAGCUUCACUCACAAAUACUGGGACUGCGCCGCUCGGCUGCUCGACUAUUUCUCUGAUUUCUUCGCUGCAGACACGGCGCUCAUGCAGUCGCUGUGGUUCUACCUCUUCGACAUAUGGCAGGAGUCGGCGCAGUGGCUCCCGUUCUCCGCCGUCCUGGACGACGUGGACGAGCGCGUCAACAACAUGACUGAUGCGGUCAACGUCGUCGACAUCGCGACGCUCGUCUGGGGCGCGGAAAAAGCGCGCGCGUUUGAAAAACACGUUCGCGAUACCCUGCAUCUCAUCGACAUUGCGGUUUGGGGCCGCGCACCCAGCGCAAGCCAGCAGAGAGAUACACGCGAACAUGUGCUUGUGGAUCCGUCGGGCGAAGCGUGGUGUCCCGUUGGGGACUACGAAACCGGGCCGUGGAUCAGCGGGGUGAAGCCGUGGAGCCAGUUUCUGGGUGUGGGUGGGCCGGGGGUUGUGGAGCCUGUUUUUGCAGAGAAGGCGGUGGUGGUGGUGGUGGUGAAGGAUACGGGUAUUGGUACUGCUCCGCCCAUCAAGCGCUACAUUCCACAUGCCGGCAUCGCGCUCCUGCAAACGCACACGCAGCGCACACGCGCCCUCGCGUCCACACUGUACUCCUCGCUCGACGCAGCGCUCGCACCCUCUUUACUCCAGGCUUUCGACACCCACAGCAUUGCUUUUCCAGAUCGCUCUGCACCAAAACGCACGACUACCUCGUCCAUGGCGCCGCUGCGCACGCUCUCGUAUGCGCUGUCGAAUGGCGCGCCGCCUGUGCUGCGGCACGCCGGGUACGCUGACGUCGAUAUGGUGACUGCGGAGCCCGAUUGGAAUAUGCUGGAUGAGAGCGUGGCCAUGUGUAGGGGGUGGGCGGCAUAUGAGGGUGUGAGUGGUAGUGACGAUGGCGCUGAUGACGACGAUGAUGGAGAGGGGGAAAGAGAGGUGGUAUUUGAUUUGUGGACUGUACUUGAGACGAAGAGGGAGGCUGGAGAGAGAGAGAAGCAGCAGCAGGAGGAUGAGGGACGCGGAACGAGCGAGACCAAGUACAAGGCCAAAUUGCAUCUGGGACACCUGUUUAGCGCGUGGUGCGGAAUCGAGGAAUGCUGA